GUUUCACAAUUUAAAGACUUGUUAUUCUUAUAGAGUCAGUGUACUGUUCAAAAUCCUAUUUUCUUCCAACUAUCAGCAUGGUUCAGAUUGAGGAAUUUAUUAUAGGAGCUGUCAGCACCAGCUGUGCAGGGUUUUUCACUAAUCCGUUAGAAGUAGUUAAGACUCGUAUGCAGUUGCAGGGAGAACUUCAAGCACGUGGAAAGUACACCGUCCAUUACCGUAAUGCCUUACAUGCAUUUUACACCAUCGCCAAAAACGAUGGAUUCAUCAAGCUUCAAAAUGGCCUCAUUCCUGCCCUCUGGUAUCAAAUGACAAUGAAUGGAAUUCGUCUGGGUACAUAUCAGGUCAUCGUGAACUCUGGAUUUACCAAAGACAAAAAGGGAGAUGUGGUCAUUUACAAAAGUAUACUUGCUGGUGCUCUAUCAGGAUGUGUGGGUGCCUGCAUGGGAAGUCCAUUCUACAUGGUGAAAACACAUCUUCAGUCUCAGUCUGUGCAGCAGAUAGCUGUUGGAUACCAACAUGAUCAUCAGAGUAUGCUGGGAGCAUUUCGCUCAGUGUACGGCGAGGGUGGAGUUCUUGGGCUUUGGAGGGGUGCUAUGGCAUCAAUGACACGAGUCAUGGUCGGGUCUGCAGUGCAGCUGACUACUUUCUCCAAAGUGAAGGAGGCCAUUGCCAGAAAACAGGUGUUUGCAGAGGGAAGUGCCUUUGUUUCACUGUCGGCUAGUACAAUAAGUGGUGUAGUGGUGACGUGUUUCAUGACUCCUUUCGAUGUGGUGUCCACUCGGAUUUAUAACCAAGGUCUAGACUCUCAGGGAAAAGGCCUACUCUACAACGGAGUAGUUGACUGUUAUUUAAAAAUCUUCAGGGAAGAAGGACUUUGGGGAUUUUAUAAGGGGUGGGGACCUUCGUUUCUCCGCUUAGUACCUCAUACAAUGCUCAGUCUUAUGUUCUGGGAUCAGCUGAGAGACAUUUACACAAGAUUUAAAAUUAGAAAUGUAUGAUAAUGUGAAAAUUAAAGUGUUCACAACUUUUGAACACAUGAAAAUACCUUAAUAGUUUCACAUUUUCCAGACAAUGAAAUAGUUUUGGAUUUUAAGGAUAUAAAAAUCAUGUAGAAUUUUGA